GAGGACGUCAGCUCCCUACUGCUCCAGGAGCUUCCAGUGCAACAAGCCCAGCAUCCUCGAAUAUUUCUCCGGCGGGUUAUUUCGAAUCGGUUCCUGGGGUACCGCUUAAUUCCGGUGGAUUAGUUCCUCCUCCUCCUCCGUUGGGUCUUGGAAACGGAUUGGGACUGACUUCGGGCUCGCCGUUGAGUGCUGGGUUAAAUUCUGCUGGAAUCGAAUUCAGUUCCGCCGGUUUAGACUCGGGAUCAGCAGCAAUCUAUUCAUCGGGAUACGCAAGCAGUGAAGAUCCAUAUGGUACUGGGGGUAAUCAUACACCUGUCGCUGGUGGGAGCUCUUCUGCGACGCUUCGCCAUAAUAACAUCGACGAACACUCUUGGGAAGAUGAAAUUCAUGCUGGGCCGUCACAUCUGGGCUUCGCUUCGCCUCAAUCGGUACAUUGACGAUGAUGCUUCCUCAUCAUCAUCAUCCUUUGCCUCGCGUUACGUGAACUUCAGCUUGUUAUCGCAUAUUGCGGUACAGCUGAAGGAUAAAGUACCAAGAGGAACACAUGUGAAGGGAAGUAUACCGUAUCCCGGUGGGUUUACUGGGAAAGAUAUAGUGUCUACCAUCCAGUCCCUGAUACAACGAGAACUUCUCAUCAACCAUGGUGUAUCCACUUCUGACAGACGGGCUGCGUUACAGGUAGCAAGAUCCCUACAUAGUCAACUAUUCUUUUACGAAGUCGAAUGGGGUGGAAGGGUCUUGCAAGAUGGUGUUGAGGAUGUUUACAUGUUUCUAGAUGAUUUGGACGGAGGUGCUGGUUCAUCCUCCGCUCAACCUUCAUCACCAUCCGAACUCACAGAACUACCUACUGGGAUCAUUACUGCACUGACGAAAUGUUACUCGCCGGAUUGCAUGGAGGGAAUGACCUGUUACAGCCCAAGAUGCCCUAGGAAGGGAGACUCCAUCCUUGGACCUUCAACUAACUCUCUCUCCCGCGGAGGAGGCUCACUCGUGGCUUCCGAUCCCCGUUUAUCUUCCUCCACGAUAUCAAAAGUGCGCGACAGAGGCGAAGAAUGGAUCAACAGCGUCCCAAGCGAGGUCUUAGUGAAUCUCCCGGAGAGUGAGGUCAAUCGACAGACCAUCAUCCACAAGCUAAUCUCUAAAGAAGAACAAUUCCUCGCCGAUCUCGAUACCAUCGAGGCUGUUUUCAUCCGGCCAUUACGGGAAUCCAAUCCUCCUGUAAUAAAAUCUCGUCCAGGAGGACCGGCUUCCUCAUCUCCUACUUCGAUUUCGAAUCCACAGCUCACCCAGUUGAAUGCUUUGAACUCGACCUAUGGGUCGAAUGGGUCGAACGGUAUUCAUCCGUAUGCGAUUGGUAAUGGGGUCAAUGGGGGAGGAUAUCCGAACGGAAACGUGCAAAAUGGGAGUGGGAGUGAAGAUCGUGAAGCAUUGUUUUCUUUCAUCGAUGUGGUGUUCAACAAUAUUUUGGAUCUUCGAGAAACGAAUAGGCGUUUACUCGAAAUCUUGUAUGUUCGACAACGAGAACAGUCCCCGAUCAUCCAACGUAUUGGCGAUAUAUUUCUCGAAGCUGCUACUGAGCUCUUCCGCGUCGCAUAUCCCACCUAUAUCGGUGGUUGGCCACAGGCUGAGCGGAGGCUGAGGGAAGAAUAUGAGUCAAACGGCGAAUGGAGAACAUGGGUGGAACAAGCUGCUCGACAAGCUCAGCAGCUUACAUCCAACUCAAACUCAAGCUCUGCUAAUUCACAGCCGGUUGUAUCUACUUCCGUUUAUCCCUCUUCAUCCUUACCAUACGGUUCUUCUUCUGACUCUUCUUCGUCCGUAUACGGAGAUUCGUCGUCAUCGUCAUCUUCGCCCGAAACUUCAGGGGUAAUGCCAACAGUAGCUGUGAACCCUUCCGGUCCUUCUGUCACAUCCCCGACAGGCAACUUGAACUCAAGCAGUUCUAAUGCUGCUCCUCGCCUCGAUCUCAAGCAUUAUCUUACUAGACCAUCAGAGCAUUUGCAAAAGUACCCGGUGCUCUUAACGGCGAUCCUAAACGAGACGGCGGAAGGGAACCCCGAUGCGGAGUUUUUGCAAGAAGCUAUUGAGGCGUUGGGUGGACUACAAACCGUCGCGCAACUCCGAACAUUCCAACAAGCUAUGGGUCGAGGCAUUCCUGGAAAAUGGGAGUGGCAUGAUUUGGUUAGUAAAGAGAGUAGAGAGUCAUUAGAGAGGCGGGAGUGCAAGAGGCAAAGCAUUAUAUUCGAGUUGAUCAAAGGAGAGAUGGCGUAUGCCAAAGAUCUGGAGAACAUCGCUAUUAUGUAUAUCCGGCCACUACGAGAAGCGGAUCCACCUAUUAUUCCUCGAGAUCGUCUCGAGUCAUUCAUUACGGACGUCUUUCAUAAUUUCGCUGAACUGCAUGCGCAUCAUCAGAGGCUAGUAGAGAAGUUUCAUGAAGUGCAGACGGAAGAGUUUCCUGUCAUCAGAUCUGUCACAGCAGCUGUGUUUGAUGCAGCGCUCAACUUCCGUGAAGCUUAUAUGGAAUAUAUCCCGAAUUACCCGAUUGCAGCGUACAGGAUUGAUGACGAGAUGGCGAAUAAUCCAGCGUUUAAGGCGUUCGUCGAUCAAUGUGUUCGUCAUCCCGACGCCCAUCGUCUUGACAUGAAGAACUUUAUCAACCGACCGAUUCCCCGUCUACUCCGAUACGAGCUGUUGCUCAAGGGCAUUUUGGAUGAGACUCCAGAAGGGCACGAAGACCGGAUAGAAAUACCCCAGGUACUGGACGUGAUAAAGGCGAUAGGAAAAGAUACAGAACCUGGCGUUCCAGGGGAAUGGAUCGAUAUGGAUCUUCUGGACAAGAAUCGCUCCCUCAUUCAUACAGGGCGUUUGCUUCGUCAGCCGGAUGGUGGAUUGGAAUGGAGUGGUUGGAGUGAACUUUUCGUGUUACUGUUUGACAAUUAUCUUGUCAUGACCAAAGCCCGCGCAAAAGAUGACAUUACUAAAUAUUUCGUGAACCGCCGUCCAAUUCCUCUCGAUCUCCUUACACUUGUCAACUUCACUGAUCCACCAACUCAACGAGGUGCCGGUCUUCUUCGUAACCUCCGCGGUGGCGAACGACACAACACAAGUGACACCUCGCCCUCACCUCUAACUACUUCCUCUUCUACUGGCGCCUCUGGUCUCUCCUCCUCAACGUCCACCGCCGGACCUGGAACCUCUGCACCUCCCCCAGGCGAUACGUCACGCACAGAUUCUCGCUCUGUCUAUCCUUGCACCAUCCACCACAAUGGCCGAAUGGGUGGGAAUUACAUCUUGUACGCCGAAUCUGCUUCCGCUCGAUCAGAGUGGAAGGAAAAACUUGAAGAAGCUGUUGGGUUGAGAAAGGUCGUGCAGGAAAGCAACAAAGUGUUUGAGAUUGAAACUUUGAGCUCUGACACGUUUUUGGUCCCGAGCAUGGGUUUGGGUGCUGACCGCGGAGAGCGUGGCGCGGCUGGAGGAGGUUUAGGGCCUAGCUAUGAAAAUGCAUUCACAGGCAAAGUUACUUGCUCGGUGCCGUUCAAUACCCCAGACGGAAGAGGGCUAGUGGCGAUUGGGUGUGCGGAGGGCGUGUGGAUUGGAUUUAGGCAUGAUUCAAGAUCAAUGCGUCGGGUCCUACAUCUCAAGAUGGUCACACAAUGUGCAAUGCUAGAGGACUUCGGUAUUUUCUUGGUAUUAGCUGACAAGUCCCUCUUUGCAUACCACAUCGAAGCUCUCGUGCCAUCGUCGCCAUCAAGCUCGCAUUCUUCCCAGACUCCCCAAAAGCUCAGCGGAAACAAGGACGUGUAUUUUUUCAGUGUUGGGACGUUGCAUGGCCGGACGCUGGUCAUCUACAUGAAGAAGAAAGGGCUUGACAGUAUUUUUCACGUUGUCGAACCUGUUGUUGAAAGAAUCAACGAACGGUCUAAAGCUCCACAAGGUCUCAUGGGGUCAAGAUUCGGCUUCAGACAAGCCAAGUCGGAUUGGUUUAGAGCUUACCGAGAGUUUUUCCUCCCCUCAGAAUCGUACGAUCUGAUUUUCCUGAAAGUGAAGAUUGCGAUUCUGUGUGCUAAAGGUUUUGAAAUCAUGGAUUUGAUGGACCUUCAAAGUGUGACCAUUCCUCAAAGAGAAGAUCCUCGGCAUGCACCGCUUGCAAAGAGAUGGGAGAGUUGCAAGCCCUUGGGGAUGUUCAGAUCGACGGAUGAGGAAUUCCUGUUGUGCUACACCGAAUUUGGUCUAUACGUCAAUAAACAUGGUGAUCCCAGCCGUCACACCGGUUCCAUCGAGUGGGAAGGUACUGCCGAACGGGUCGCUCUUCACCCACCGUACAUUCUCCUCUUCGACACCCGCUUUAUUGAAGUCCGGCACGUUCAAACCGGUCGUUUAGCUCAAAUCAUACCCGGACACGAUGUUCGUUGUCUCUGGGACGGACGCGGCGUCAACAUCCCUGCUCCCCAAACUCCAUCUGGUCCCAAUGACUCCGAUGAGCACAUUGUGCAAGAGGCUCGGGUACACGCAGUGAUGAAUGCUGCUGAUGCGUCGGUCAGGAACGGGUAUGGUGGAGGAAUGAAGUCAAGAGCGGUGGCGCAGCAUGUGUUUGAGCUGAUUCCGACGAUUCCAUUGUAUUUACCUGGAUCAUUGGCAUCGCCGUCGACGAUGACUUAUUUCCCCCAGUCGUUUUCUCCUCCGCAUUCGCCGACCUUGAGACCGAAUACGAUUUAUCGUUCUUGAUUCGCCUUUUGUUAGAGUGAAGACGGAUGAUUUUGGACUGCUAUACGAUAUUUACUGGUUUGAGUUCUUGCUUCUCUUUUUUUGCUCUUGAUUUCUCCCUUCACUCCCCAGUACUUCAUAUGCGUUACUCAUGUCAUUUAAUUUCCGGAAUAGUCUUAGAUAUGCUCAAUCCUCUAAGCUCUGGUAAAUGGUAUAUAGGAAUCUGACACCGAUAAGUGCGUUUUGUGACCUCCAAAAUGAGUACAUUAUCCAGAGAUUUUUCUCAAAAAUUUACUGAUUUUGGGAUGCCGAAAAGUUCAUAUAAUACUCAAAUAAUUUGCUAUAGUUUAUGGUUAUGCAGUUAUUCCAAAUUUUCUACAAAUAA